CCGGUUUGCGUGACGCUAGGAAAAUGACAUUUCUUCAUGUUGCAGUUGAUAAAAAGAAAAUAUCGACAGUUAGUUAUGCUUGCAAGAACGGAACAUUAUCAUGGAUUUUGAACAUGCAAGACAAGACUGGGAACACUGCACUGCACCUAGCUGUCAAGGCUGGCAGUGUUAAAAUAUUUUGUUGUCUGUUCAGGAAUAGACAAGUACAAUUGAAUUUGACAAAUAAGAAAGGGGAGACUCCACUAGAUAUAGCGUAUCAAAAUAUUCCUCAAGGGCUGCAUGCUUACAUGCACAGUGAAGCAAGAAUACUCUCUUUACUUCAAUAUGCUGGUGCUAAAAGGGGUAUCCAUCACCUGCAGGAUUACCUUGAACAAAGCAAUGUUGUCCAAAAAAAGCAGGGUGAAAUAGAUGAAAUGGAGAAAGUGAAGGACGUGACACAAAGUCUAUGUAUUGGGUCGGUCCUUAUCGCAACCGUGACAUUUGGUGCAGCUUUUGCCAUGCCUGGAGGUUACAGAGCUGAUGAUCACACUAAUGGAGGCACACCAACACUUGCUGGAAGGUAUGGUUUUGAUGCAUUCGCCCUGGCCAACGGACUUGCGUUCACUUGCUCCACUAUGGCAACAAUUUCUCUCAUGUCUUCUGGAUCACCCAUACGACAUCCUCGGAGCCGGAUAGAGCACUUACGCAUUGCCUACUACCUCAUGUCGGUUUCAGUUACAAGCUUGGUUGCUGCCUUUGCACUGGCUACUUAUACCAUACUAGCUCCGCUUGCUCAUAAGACUGCCAUUGGAUUAUGUAUCUUGAGUUCUCUCAUAUUGCUCUAUCAAAAUUGGGAAUUGGCAAGCAAUAAUAUUGCCAUGGUAGCACCCCUCUGCAGGAUUGUGUUUUUGUUGAGAAACUUUAUUAAUAUGUUUAUGUGUUCUGUUGUGCUGAGACAUUUCUUUGUAAGUGUUAUUGUGCUUGUAACAAUGUAAACAAUCGUCGGUGUAUUUUCUUGCAAACUACUUUGUGA